CGUUGAACAUGGAAGACAUUAAGGAAAACCUUAUCCCCAUCCUACACUUUGCGGAGAAUGACGAGGAAGAGCUAGCGGAAGAGAUUGGACUACCGAGGCGUCCGACCAUACCAUCGCUACUGCAGCGGAACUCGCAAAUUAACCUCCUAGAGCAGAUGGAUCACAGUGGCGAGCAGAACAAGCUGAACGAGCUACGGCAGCGCAAAGGUACGGUACGGUUUACCCACUCGAAAGUCACCCGACAGGAUAAGGCACAACCACCGGACGAACAAACGCCGUUCGGCGAAAGUCUUAUGGUGCUGGAGUUUGGUGAGGAUGCUCCGAUCGAGGCGAUACAGUGGAUUAUGGAUAAAAUCCGUGGUCGCCGGGUGGACGGUGGGAUGGAAUUGCUUGUGCGAAAGGAACCUUUAAGCAAAGAAAGCCAAACGAUCAUAUUUCAUAUCUCCGCCACACACAUGAAGCUGCUCGAAAUUGCGGACGAUAUGGGCUUCAUGAAGCGCACCAAGACUGGCAUCAUUCGUAACUUUAACGUGGCCUGUUUGGACGAGUUUUUCUACGACGAAGGUAUGUCGCUCGAGGACAUCCUAACGCCCGCCGACCGGCAGAUCAUCGUCAAGUACGCGCUCGAAACGAUCAAGGCGGCCGAUGACGAACAUCGCAUACCGGGCACGAAGAUCAUACUCUACCACGGUCAAUCGAUCAUACAGGCGGCACUGAGUGCGGAGCUGAUUAGCAAUCUAUACUCACUGCACGACAAGCGAACGCUGAAAGAGCUCCGCCACCGAUGGAUCAAACCGACCCGCGUACAACCGAUUGAUGAGAUACGGGACUAUUUCGGGGAGAGUGUCGGUAUGUACUUUUCCUUCCUUGGAUUCUACACGUAUGCGCUCGUAGUGCCAACGGUGUUCGGCUUCCUACAGCUUGGCCUUUCGGAGGAAACGGAAACAGUGCCAUUUUUCUGCGUGUUUUACGUCGUGUGGAUGAAGGUGUUUUUGGAGCUGUGGAAGCGUAAAAGUUCAUCGCAUGCGUACCGUUGGGGUACGAUCACGAUGACCAAUCUGGACGAACCGCGACCCGGAUACUAUGGGAAGCUGGCGCGCGAUCCCAUCACCGGCAAGUGGACCCCACAGUACCCGAAGUGGAAAACGUACGUCCAGAUGUACUGCGUGACGGCACCGAUCAUUUUACUAUGCAUGGCCAUUGCCGCGUUUGUGACGAUCUUCCAGUUUUACGUCGAAGCGUACCUGGCCGAACUGUUCGGACCGGAUGCGUACAUACUUUACCUACCGUCGGUGGUGAACGCGAUCUACAUUGCCGUCUCGACGCUGGCGUACGAUCGGCUGGCAACGUACCUUACGGACAAGGAAAACCAUCGCACCCAGAGCCAGUACGAGCGGCACCGCGUGAACAAGCUGAUUGUGCUUGAGUUCGUAAACAAUUUCCUGUGCCUGUUCUACAUCGCGUUCAUACUGCAGGACAUGAAGAUGCUUAAAACGCAGCUCAUGAUGCAGCUGAUCGUGCUACAGUUCCUUCAGAAUGUGUUUGAAAAUUUGUACCCUUACCUGAAGAAGAAGGUUGGGCUGAAGAUUGUACGGCUGUUUGUGAAAUCUAAUUACGAGAAGCUCAAGCAAGCACACGAAUCGUACGACGAAAUGGGCCUUCGUUCGCUGGAUGAUGAUGAUCCGCGGGUGGUACAGAACCGCAAGGAAACGAUCCUGGAAGAGUACAACACGUACGACGACUAUCUCGAGCUGUACAUACAGUUCGGGUACGUGGUACUGUUUUCCUCCGUCGCUCCACUAACGGCUUUCUGGGCGAUUCUGAACAAUGUGAUCGAGAUACGGCUCGAUGCGUACAAGCUGUGCAGCUUCUUCAAGCGACCGUUUGCUCGCCGGACGAAAAACAUCGGUGCGUGGCAGUUGGCGUUCGAAACGUUAGCUGUCAUUUCGAUCCUUACCAACUGUGGCAUUCUCUAUCUAUCGCCCCAAAUGAGAGAACUUGGUGCUGGAUUUACCCGAGAAGCGUACACACUCUCCUUCCUCAUUAUCGAGCAUGUACUGCUCGCAUUAACCUGGUUCAUCUACAAAGCCAUCCCGGAUACACCGCACUGGGUGCGUGUGGCUUUGGCAAAAGCCGAGCACGAAUCGCGCCAAGCGCUCAAACGUGAGAAUGCACAACGAUCUCGCAAUGUGCUGUUUCGCAGGUUUCGUAGCGUAUACGAUACGCAUUCGAUGCUCAACUGA